CAGGUCAGCCAAUCUUCCAAUAUUGGUCUAUAUUUAUCGUCAUGGCAUCUACAGCAGUUAAAGUAGCUGCCGCCGCGAAGGAUAUUUCUCCCCUGUACUACAGAAUUUUAUCGAAAUUCCCACAAAACUUUACUUUUUGUUUUGCCUAUGGAUCAGCAGUCAAACCUCAAAUAGGCAAUCAGAAGAAGCACAAUAUGAUCGAUCUCAUAUAUUGUGUCGACAACUCGUACCGCUGGCAUGGUGCUAACAUCGAAAUAAAUCCAUCACACUACUCGGCGCUGCGCUUUUUGGGCAAAGGAUUUGUUGCAAGAUUUCAAGAGAAGUGGGGUGCAAAAGUUUACUUUAACACAUUGGUGGACAUUAAAGAAGAAAAUGUAACAAUCAAAUAUGGUGUUGUAUCUCAGAAGGACCUGAUCGCUGAUCUCCUCGAUUGGAACAACUUGUAUCUGGCGGGCAGACUUCAUAAGCCAGUAGAGAUCAUCAAACAAACAAACAGUUCUCAACUACAGAUUGCCCUCCAGUCAAACUUACGUUCAGCUGUACAUACUGCUCUUCUUGUAUUACCUGAGACUUUUUCUGAAUACGACUUUUACUUUGCAAUAUCCAAUUUAAGUUAUGCUGGAGACUUCCGCAUGACCUUCGGUGAAAACAAAAAUAAAGUUCGUAACAUUGUCCAGCCUCAACUUUUGAACUUUCGCGAGCUCUACAGGCCAAUCUUGCAGCAAUUCCAUGCCUACGUAGAUUUUCCAACUGGUGAUGCUCAGUGUCAUCAAGACAUACAUCCUGAAACUAAGUUACACCAUUUAAUGCAGCUACCUAUGGUUCCACAACAGAGAAUAGUGAAGUUUUGGAAUCACGGAGGACUUCAACAGGACAUGGAGGAUGUUCUCCGUGCUGUAGCAUAUGAUAUUGAUUGUGCUGUUAUUUUGCGGCAAAUACUAAAAGACCUUGUGUGGCAGUCAAGUGUAAGGCAAUCACUAAAGGGUAUUCUUACUGCUGGUUUCCUAAAAUCAGUUCGUUACAGUGCUAAGAAAAUAGCUAAAAUGUUCUGAUUAUAUAAUUUUAUGUAAAAUUUACUGUAAAUAUACUUUAGGAUAAUGACGAAGUGUACAAAAUAAAUCUUGAAAUAACUUAAGUUA